UCGUUUAUUUUUAACAGCGGUCCAAAGCGCGCACUCGUCAGCGGAGGAGAAGAGAGGACAGAAGGCGCCAGAAAGACAAAUAAAGCCCAAUUAGCCGGUAAUUCUGAAAGCCUGCACACAAAAUACAGCCAGGAUGUCAGAGGAAAAGCCAAAGGAGGGAGUAAAGACUGAGAACGAUCACAUCAACCUCAAGGUUGCCGGGCAAGAUGGGUCGGUGGUCCAGUUCAAAAUCAAAAGACACACACCUCUCAGCAAACUAAUGAAGGCGUACUGUGAACGGCAGGGUCUCGCAAUAAGGCAGAUCAGGUUCAGGUUUGAUGGCCAGCCUAUCAAUGAGACGGAUACACCUGCACAGCUGGAGAUGGAAGAUGAAGACACCAUAGAUGUAUUCCAGCAGCAGACGGGUGGGCACUGCUAAGCCCCCCCACCUCAUUGAUGGCCACUCUCAGACCACGCCCCUCAGCCACUGUCACUGUCCCUCCCCUCCCCAGUGCUCCUCUCAGCCUAUUAUUAUUAUCGUUAUUAUUUCUUAAGUUUAAAUAUGUCUGUCAUGGUUUUUCGUCAGGGGGGUGUGUGUGUGUGUGUGUGUAGGGGGGGGGGGCUCCUCAUCUGUUUAUGUACUGUGUCGGCCAGGACUGAACUUUUGUGCGUGUCAACAGUCUCUCUGCUGGCCAAUCAGGACAACCUUUCCUUCUGGCACUGCAGGCUUGUGAUUGGACCAACAGCACAUCACUGCUGUUCCUGGUUUUGUCAGUGCUUCUCAUUCACUCUCCAGUGAAAGCUUAGUAUUCAGUAGUUUGUCACGUUUGUCAUCCAUUGGGGGAUCGAAUGUGAGGCUCUGCAAGUUUUUGUCCGGGGGUCACAGUCAGUAGGCAUGAAAAUGUUUUGAAGUGGAAGCACUAUCUGAACUUAAUACACACCCGCCUUCCAUUUCACUUCGCUUUCUUGUGUUUUUUGCCUAAAUGGUGACUCCUGCUCUUCUGUCAAAAUGGUAUUUUAAUUCUAUCUGCAUUUUAGGUGCUUUUGCUGAAGAGCUCUGCAAUGUUUUUGUAUGUUUUCCUGUUUUAUUUUAUUUUUUCUUUUAUGAAAUGACACCCGGGGGGGCUUGUUGAUUUUUUUUUUUAUUUUUAUUUUUUUUUUUAUUUUUUUUCUGUACAGAAGUAUCAGAGUGGAUGUUAAGAUAAAUGUUGUGCGGCUUGGACCAAUACUCCAAAGACCAAACUUCGGUUUCAUAUUUAAUGUACUUGGAUCACUCUCAAAGCAAAACAGCAAGGUCAAAACUGUUACAUUUUAAGGGAGUUUGUAUUUCAUUAAUGUUAUUAGCUUAUUUGACUUAUACUAAUUGAGAGAGGUUCUCUAUGGGUAUCUGUGGUACAUAACUUUUACUUUCCCUAUUUUCUGAUGAAGUGGGCCAGUGGCUAGUCCCUAUGGUAUUCUUACAAACAGCUCUGCUUGUGGGUUUUACAUUUGUGUGUGAGUGGGAGGGAGGGGGAAGGAAGGUCGUUCCACAGUAUUGUUCGGAGGUCAGGUGUCUUAUCUUUGUAUAGGCUGGCUGAUUGUAGAUGAAGAGGAGCAGCUUUCAGUUUGCGCAAGGAUAUCCAACAAAAGUCAGUAUCUCUUUGUUAACACAUUUUGAAGACUCUUCACUGUUGAGCUGUUUCUUUUGUGUGUAAAAGGCAGCAGUUGCAGGCAGUUUGUUUAAAAAAAAAAAACAAAACCUGACUGCGGGGUUGCAAGCAGUGAAGAUAUCCCAAUGUGGUGAGGGGUGUCUCCAAUAUUUUACAGUUUCUGAGAAGGAUGCAUGCAGUUUGUUGCAUAUCAGGAGGGAGGCCAACCAAUGGAGUGUUCUGUACCCACAGGUACAGGGCCCCGUUCUUCGUACACGGAUGACAGUUGGGUUGAUGAAAAUAUAUCUGCUGUUGAAGCAAAGUCCUUAUGCUCAAAACCUGAUAAAGCGCAAGCUUAUUCAGAGUAAGUUGGAUCAUAACAGCCCUUUUUAUGUUUACCUAUUUUUAAUAAUUUUCGGACAGGGCGGCGACUUUUUUAUUUUUUUUUGGGAGGCACCAAUCAGUGGGUAUUGUCAUAACCGAACAGGGUUUGAGUUGAGUAGUAAAAAGUACAAAAUGAAUCCAUUAUGUUUGUUGCGGUAUGAAGCACUGUUACUUAAACAUUAGCAAUAGAUAUUAAACUCUUGUUUUAAGAGGUAUCAUAAAUGAUGCAAUAUGGGCUACAGUUGUAAUUGGCCUCAAGAAUGUGUCUCCCAUAUGCUCCCAUAGCCUUAAAUGUAGUUCUCAGCCACAGUAGGAGGCUGCUGUCAUUUUUAAAUGGUAAUUAAAUUGUAGUCUACAUGUUUUUCAGCUGUAUUUUUGUAUCAUUCAUAAAAUAAAAACAGUCAAAUACAAUACUUUAACAUUUAUGAUUGAAUAUAUGACGGACAUUUUCAAAAGGCUUUACUACUUUGCUGCCACCUGCUGUGUGAAAUAUUCACUAAUUUCCACUCUGGCCCCAGUGAAUAUAAAAUGAUGUCUGAAGACUGCCCAAUUCUCAAGCAUUCGAGGAAGUUGUGUGGCACAGAUGCUAAAUCAGUGUGGGGUUACUCUUGGAAGACAUGCCUCUGCACAAGCCAAUCACAAGUAGCAACUGUUUCAACUUCCCUGUCUUAAAAAAAUAAGAGCACAGUUAUCAAGACCAACAAACCAGCUUCCCACUUGCAUUUAAAGAACUGCGUUAGCUGAACAAAGAUCUCUGGCUAACAUACAAGUUGAAUAAUGUUAUGUACGAAGAACAGGGCCCCGGUUUUGUCAUGUUAUUUGUUUCUCUACUGAUUUGUACAUUAUUUGUGGUCUUUUACUACUGUAUACAAUAAAUAUAGUUUGGUACUCAGA